AUGAGGGAUCCCCGUGCAUCAAAGAGGAGAAGAGUCUCCGGGGACGCAGACGGAGACAUCGAGAUGGGAACCGAUGACCAGGACGUAUACUCCGUUCCAUCAUCUCCGGAAAACCACAGAACAUCCCCUACGCCAGCAAAAAGCGCAUCCCGACGCCGAUCUACCCGAGGCGGAGAUAACCCCAACGAGAAAUCAGUGGACCAGAAUGGCGAACCAGAUCAGGAAGUGGAAACGCCAGCUCGGGGAACGCGGUCCAGCGGGAGAACGCGCAGAACGCCAAAAAGAUUCGAAGAGGAAGUCGUCACGCCCGCCUCAAAGAGAAAACCAGCGACUACGCCCUCAAGAAGUGCUCGUGCGACCCGAAGCGCGCGAAAGCUGAAACAGUCACCGGUCGACGAUGAAGAAGACGAGGACGAUGAACCUGAUUUCGAGGACGAGGACGAUGACGAGGAUGACGAUGAGAUGGAUGUGGAUGAACCAUCUCCAGAGCCCGCUCCCCGUUCGGUAGCAAGGACCAGGUCCAAGAGAAGCACCGCGAAACCGAAACCGAGAGCCAGCCGAAAGGCGCCCGAACAAAGAAAAGAAAAUUCCCCCUCGCCUGAUUAUCAAGAUGGCUUAGAUGACCUUGUUGCAUUGCAACUCCAACAGGGUCUUCCCCAGGAUGAAGCGGAGGCGCAUGAGACAGCUGAGAUUAUUGAGCAGUUGCCGGAAUACGCUGAAGCACUCCAAUCACUCUGUCAGAUGGGUUUCGGAAACGAGGUCCGCUUUCUCGCGAACGUUGUUCUUGAAAAAUUAGCAGGGAAACGACAAGUUCCAAUCCGAGGGCUCGAACCUGAAUACCAGAAAGUUCACCAGCUCAUUGAACAGACAGUUUCAGUCGGCGAGGGUAAUUCUAUGCUUCUUCUUGGAUCCAGAGGGUGCGGCAAGACCGCGAUUGUGGAAACUAUAAUUUCUUCGCUUAGAAAGGAGCACCAUAACGAUUUCCACGUCGUUCGUCUCAACGGAUUUUUGCACACUGAUGACCGUCUGGCUUUGCGAGAUAUGUGGCGCCAGCUCGGUCGCGAGAUGCAUACUGAGGAUGACGCGGCCAAGGUCAGUUCAUAUGCCGAUACAAUGGCGACGCUUUUGGCUUUGCUGUCCCACCCUGAAGAGUUGUUUGGAGCUUCUGGAGAUGCAGGCUCAAAGACUGCUGCGAAAUCCAUUGUAAUUUUGUUGGACGAGUUCGAUCUGUUCGUCACUCACCCACGACAGACUUUGUUGUAUAACCUCUUUGAUAUUGCCCAGGCCCGCAAAGCGCCCAUUGCGGUGAUUGGGCUUACAACGAAGGUCGACGUAACCGAAAUGCUUGAGAAGCGUGUGAAGAGUCGAUUCAGUCAUCGUUAUACUUAUGUGCCCCUGCCUCGAUCAUUUGAAGACUUUUCGGACAUCUGCCUAGCCAGUUUAGACCUUAAUGAUGCCGAAAUGGCAGAUAUUGCAGUUGAGCUGGGCGAUGAGCGCGGUCUUGUGCAGUCGAACAGAUGGAAGACGCUACUUGAAGGAUGGAAGGAGUAUUUGAAGCACCUGUGGAACGACAAAGACUUCCAAUUCCAUCUCAAGCAGAUCUAUAGUCAAACCAAGUCCGUGAAAGAGUUUUUCGCCAGCGCGUUGCUCCCCAUGAGCGACUUCCUACAAAGCGUAUUGGUCGCCGAUGCACCAAUCCCCCAAAUCCCAACCCCAAAAAGCUUCGCCUCCCAAACCCUAUCAUGCCCCGACCCACCGCCCCUCCCAUUCUCUACAUCCAUCACAUCAUCCAGUCCCUCAUCGCUGCCACUAGCUUUGUUGGUAGCGGCAACUCGUUUAGCAGCUCUCUUCGACCCUGGCAACGACGGAACCCAGGCACAGAGCAUGGGACCUCUCGCGCUUUCCUUCCCCGCCGCAUAUGCAGAAUAUGUGCGUCUUCUGACAUCUGCCAAAACAUCUGCCUCGGUGUCUGGAGCUACUGCCACACCGGGUCGUGUCUGGGGCCGGGACGUCGCCCGCGAGUCUUGGGAGAAGCUGCUCAGUUGGGGUCUUGUGACUCCUGUCGGCAGUGGUAAUGGCACUGCUGACGGUCAAAUGUUCCGUGUGGAAAUCAGUUUCGAGGAGGUUAUUGAGAUGGCUGGCUCGGGAGGUUCUUUGGGCCAGUGGUGGCGCGAAUAA